CUCCUCUUUUAGAACGUUCCAGAUUCUUCUCGAUUUCUCACCGAAAUCUGUUUCUCGUCAUUCUCUCCUUCAUUUUCAUCUUCGUUAUUCUUUUUCAUUCUUCGUUCAUCUAGUAAUCGAUCCUCAUCUUCCUUAUAGUUACAUCACAUUCACAUUACACAAUCGUUGUUCCCGUUAAUCGAAGGAAUCAAGAAAGAGAGAUAGAGAGAGAGAAGAAGAAGAAUGGGGAGCGAAGAGGAGAACGGGGAAUUCUACUUGAGAUACUACGUUGGACACAAAGGGAAGUUCGGUCACGAGUUCUUGGAGUUCGAGUUCAGACCCGACGGUAAGCUUCGUUACGCUAACAACUCAAACUACAAAAACGACACUAUCAUUCGCAAGGAGGUUUACCUCACUCCUGCCGUUCUCCGCGAGUGUCGUCGUAUCAUCGCCGAAAGUGAAAUCAUGAAGGAAGACGAUAACAACUGGCCGGAACCUGAUCGAGUCGGACGGCAGGAGCUCGAGAUUGUGAUGGGGAAUGAGCAUAUCUCCUUCACAACAUCAAAGAUUGGAUCUCUUGUGGAUGUUCAGAGCAGUGCAGAUCCAGAAGGUCUUCGCAUCUUUUACUAUCUUGUUCAGGAUUUGAAGUGCUUCGUCUUCUCUCUUAUUUCACUUCACUUCAAGAUCAAGCCUAUCUAAGAUGUUUUAUAAUGUUAUGUGUUCAUCCUCACCGGGAAUGUGUACUUGUUUAACAACUAUCCCUGUUUGCUACUAAAAUUUGACAUCUGACAAAGUAACAUCUUUAUAA